GUGACGCUCGUGAACUCGGACAGGCGCACCGAGGAGGAAUAAACGGAGGAGAGAGAUAACGGUUCCGCUGAAUUAAAAAGGUUCCCCGACAAACAGCGCGGCUUCACGCCGGGCAGCAGGUGCUAAAGAGCGGCGGACAGAGCGAGGACUAACCGCAGGAAGGUGGACUGUUCUCCCGUAAACCCGUCUUCACCUCCCAGAUGCGGGGUCUCUCCAUCCAUGGCCUCCUCCAGGUGACCUCCAGUGACCUCAGUCCCUCCUGACUGCAGCUUUAAACCCUGAUCCAGGAGCAGACUUCUGCAGGAGCUGCUGAAUUAUUUAUCACCAGACAGUGGGCUCUGCUGCUGAACCAGAAGGAGAUGGAGAGCUAGAGAGAGAGUAAAAAAGAUGGCGAGAGAAAGGGUAGUAUGGAGGUGUCCGACGCCGCUGGAAGCCGUGAGUCAGCAGGGAGCGAAAACCCCAGUGUGGGGGAAGAUACAGAGUUUAUAGAUAGCUUUAGGGGAUACGACUGGAGACAGUGGCGUCAAAUGCCCCCGGUGUGUUUGUGAACGUGUGUGUGCAUGUAUCGAUUUAGCAGAGAAGGUCAUGGAGCCGAGAGGAGAUUAGCAAACUAGACUCAGAGCACGGCAGCAGAGCUAACGCCUCCUCUGAAUAGCAGCUAUAGACAAAAAAAAAGGAGACAAGGCGAAGGACGAGAGGAGCUGCUUCACUAUGGGGGAGAGCUAUAUGUACCAGCGACUCCCUUACACCAGAGGAAAGGAGGAGGGGGAGGAUGAGGACGAAGAGGAGAGUGCCGGGAGGAUUAGAGAGAGUGUCGGGGGACAAAUGAUGCAGAGUGAGGAGGGGACAGAGUGGCUGCUGGAGCUGCUGACAGACGUGCAGCUGCAGCAGUACUUCCUGCGGAUCCGCGAUGAGCUCAACGUCACACGAAUCUCCCACUUCGACUAUGUCAAGAACGAAGACCUGGAGAAGAUCGGCAUGGGACGCCCCGGUCAGCGGAGGCUUUGGGAGGCAGUCAAGAGGAGAAGAGCUCUCUAUAAACGCAAGUCCUGGAUGAGCAAGGUGUUCCCUGUUAAACGACCUGACACGGACCCCCAGCAACCCCUCCCUCAGGGGGCAUCGUCCAGUUCGACUUCAUCCAAUAGUGAGCCAGCAGCCUCGCUCACCUGCCUGAUCAGAGAGUCGGAGCUGCAGCUGUUUGAGCGGCUGGGAGACGGCACGUUUGGGGUGGUGCGGAGAGGAGAGUGGACUGGACCCAACGGCAGAGUGUUGUCAGUGGCAGUGAAGUGUCUGAAGGCCAGUGUGUUGGACUCUGAUGGUCUGGACGAUUUCAUCAGAGAGGUGAACGCCAUGCAUUCACUGAGCCAUCAGAACCUCAUCCGGCUGUACGGCAUCGUCCUUACGCAGCCCAUGAAGAUGGUGGCUGAGCUGGCCCCUCUGGGUUCUCUGUUGGAUCGCCUCAGGAAGCGUCAGGGUCACAUCCUCAUCUCCUCUCUGUGCAACUACGCUGUACAGGUGGCGUGCGGCAUGGCCUACCUGGAGCAGAGACGUUUCCUCCACAGAGACCUGGCCGCCCGCAACGUUCUGCUGUCCACCAAUGAAAUCGUAAAGAUUGGUGACUUUGGCCUGAUGAGAGCUCUGCCAACACACACUGACCAUUACAUCAUGGAGGAGGGCCACAAAAUCCCUUUCCCAUGGUGUGCUCCAGAGUCUCUGAAGUCUCGUAGUUUCUCUCAUUCGUCUGAUACCUGGAUGUUUGGGGUCACUCUGUGGGAGAUGUUCACCCAUGGACAGGAGCCGUGGCUGGGCCUUAAUGGGAGCCAGAUUCUCCACAAGGUGGACAUGGAUGCUGAGAGGCUCUGUAAACCAGAUGACUGUCCUCAGGACAUUUACAAUGUAAUGCUGCAGUGCUGGAGCCCCAAACCUGAGGACAGACCCACCUUCAUCGCCCUCAGAGACUUCCUGCUGGAGACAAUGCCGACAGAUAUGAAAGCGCUCCAGGACUUUGAGGAGGAAGACAAGCUCCAAAUUAAAAUGAACGAUGUCAUCACCAUGAUAGAGGGAAGGGCAGAGCAUUACUGGUGGAGAGGACAGAACAGGGGCACGCUGCGUAUCGGUCAGUUUCCUCGUCACGUGGUGACAUCAGUCGCCGGUACGUCCGUCCACGACAUCAGCAAACCGCUCAAACACUCCUUCAUCCACACGGGGCACGGAGACACGGACCCUCACAGGAGCUGGGGACAUGCAGACCGCAUAGACAGUCUGUAUUUGGGGAACCCCAUGGACCCUCCUGACGUCCUUGGAAUGGACUCGGGCAUCGCAAGGCCGACCAAACUCCCCAACCGUGCAAAGAAGAAACCUCCUCCUCGUCCGCCUCAACCUGCUGUCCUGCUGAAGAAGCCAUUCUACGACUCUGUGAUCGACGAUUACAAUGACGAAGAAGACACCAGCACUUCUUCUGGCCUGAGGAAGCUCGGAGUGUCCCUGGGGCUCAAGCUGAGACCGUGGGAGGGGUCCGGUGUGCGCUCGGCCAAAAGUGAAGUGUCGCUCAUCGACUUCACUGAUGACAGCUUCAGCUCCACCACGCCCUCGCCACUUGCUGAUAUGCGGCAGCCGGAUGAGGACACCCUCAAGGAUACUCCGUCCAUCCUGGACUGGCCUCUCCCUCAACCAUCUUAUGACGAGGUGACUACCGAGCUCGAGGACCAAUCAGAGGACCAGGAGGUGCGGUCUAUUAACAAGGGAUUCACUGAGGAGACCACGCCCACCGCCAGCAUCAGUAUGGUUGGCCGGAGCGAGUCGCAGUCUGCUGACCUCUUCCAAGAGUUACAGAGAGAGGUGAUGGUGAAGCUUCAGGUUCCCAUGUCAACGGGCCGCUCUCUCCCCUCCUCCCCGCUCCCGAUGACCCUGGCUCCUCCGAGCACCCACCGACAGAUCUACCUGCCCCCUCCGUCCCCCACCUACGCUCCCUCCUGCCUGGAUGACCGUCCCGUGCUGCCCCCUCGCAGCCCCGUCCCCCCGUUGCGUCCGUCCAAGCGCAUCCCCUCUACCCACACCCCCCACCCCCAGGCUCGCCCCAGCUCCAUCUCCAUGGGUGACACGGAAGACAGACCUCCUCAGAUCCCACCCAGAGACCACGCCUUCUCUCAGCCAGGCUCCCGCUCCUCCUCUCCACUCCCCCUGGUGCCCCCGCUGUCCUCCUACCCCAUGGCCCUGCCCCCUCCCCCUAUCUCAAGCUCCCCUCGCAGGGCAUCAGGACUCCUGGGACCCCUUCUGUCCUCUAACUCCUCCCCGUCUCACUCCACAUCACACUCCUCACGGCAGGCAGCUAGUGGUUCAUCCUACUCAUCCAGCUCCAUACUGGAUCCUCUUGCUUUUCGUGAGGGGCGUGGCCUCUCCUCACUGAUUGACAGCUCCCAGAGCUCUGCUCCGGCUCCGUUGCCAGAGCGACCAGCUUUUCUGGAAAGAUAUGGAGCAGCUAAUAUGGCGGCAGUCAAACCAAUGAUUCAACAUCCCAGCGGAGCCAAACCAAACUCCUCCUACAACAACAACAAUGGGCGAACUGCAGCUCCCAGCAUGCUUCAGGAGCAGAGCGUCACACAGGUCCAAGGAGCAGUACACGGUGUCACGCUGGAAGAGUGUCAGGCAGCUCUGCAAAGUCACAACUGGAGCACCCCCCAUGCAGUAAACAUUUUAAAGGUGGAGCAGCUGUUUCGUCUUGGCCUGAGGUCGAGAUCUGAGUGUGAGGAACUUCUGCAGCGCUGCCAGUGGAACCUGGAACAGGCCAGCACGCUCAUGCUGGACACAUACGGACCACAUCGUAACAAGAAGUGACAACAGGAGGGCGAACUGAGCGCUAAUCACCCACUGACCGGCUCAGAUGACUCACCAUUCCAAGCAUUUGAGACAUAGUGAUGCUUUUUAAUGAAUGGAGGUACAUAAAGCCGUAUAUGUGCCUCACUUAUUGUACUGUGAAUACCUGCUAUUACCUGUGUCAUACACACGCAUGCUCAUUAUUUGCUAACGGAGCAGCUUGUUGAAUGAACUUUACUUGAACCAUUGCUAUCUAUGCUUUUUGUUAUUACUGUACCUGAAUAAUGAACGGUUGUGUUUUUUCUGGUAGCUACUGCAAACUUCUACUGCGUGUGUCUGCUGUGAAUGAGUGAGUGUGUGCAUUACAUGCACACAAACACUGUAUAUGGCCAUGCUUUCUGCUGUUAAUAAAGCGAUAUAAAAUCAGGGAACUGUUAGCUACUGAUAUAGUUGUAUGUAAAGUCCUUAUAAGAUACUGUAUUAUGUAUUGCACUUUACUAAGUGUUUCACACUAGCUGAAGACACAAUAACUGCUGGUCAGACUAAGAUAUAUCUUGUUUGUGAAGUGAAUAAAAUACGGAUAUGGACUAUUAGCAUAUCAGGAAUUAUUAUUGUAUCAUUUGAGUUGUAAACCAAGCUUUUUAGGCUUUUUAGAAUCUUAGCUGGAACCCUCCUACAGUAUAGGCAAUACAAUGCCUGAAUCAGAAAUGUGAAGCUACCUACCAUCUCAUUAUGAACAAGUAAGAUAUUUAAUCAUUUUAAAAUUGAUGUUUAGUAUUUCUUCCUAUGAAAAUUAAUGCUGCAUGAUAAUCAUAAACUUACUGAAGCAUUUAAUUCAAAUCAACUGAAUACGUAGGCAACUGCUACUGUAUGUAUGAGUGUGUACUUGUGUGCCUAGUGUGUGUCUGUGCAGAUAUUGAUCAUAAAUAUGAUCACUUACAAAUUAUGAGGAACAAAAAACAGAUAGGAAUGGAUAACACAUUUUCCAUUAUUACAGCUUUGCAUGUCAGAUGCUAUAAAUUACAGCCGGCUUUCUUCUUCAGACCAAAUUAGGACAGUAAAAGUACAUUAUGGCAAAAAUGUUAAAAACGCUUCUGUUUCUUUGUGUUUGGGUCUGUGUGUGUCAGACAUCCUUCUCUUUUAUGCUCAGCUGCCAGCUAUUGCAGUGUUUUGGAUUGAUGUGAUGUUGACAGCAAUAUGUUGUAACAUUCGAGCAGCUUAUUAAUGAAAUUACAAGUAUGGCCUCCAACAUUUUAUAAUAAAAUGAAAUGCGAGUUUUCAAAUGUG